AUGCAGGCGGUGAAUGAGGCCUCAACUUUAAGCUGGGCCAACCGUAUAAGGGGAUUCGUCAUUUGCUUUGUUAUUGGGGGAGUGUGCACAAUUUUGGGAGUAUGUGUGCUCUUUCUUCCCAAGAUUGGACUGAUACUCUUUAUUGUUUUUUACACUUUUGGAAACAUUUGUGCACUAGGAAGCACCAUGUUUCUGAUGGGACCACUAAAGCAGCUGAAGAGGAUGUGUGACAAAACAAGAGCACUAGCCACCACAUUUAUGCUUACUUGCCUAGUGCUGACUCUCUGCGCGGCCUUCUGGUGGAAGAACUUUGGACUUGCAUUGCUAUUUGUGAUCUUGCAAGUUUUGUCAUUUACCUGGUACAGCCUGUCAUACAUCCCAUGUGCGAGGGAGGCGAUUCUGAAGAUGGUGUCCAUCUGUAUAAAAUGAGUCAUGUGACUGUGAUGAAGGUCCAUGAUGGAUGAGGUGUUUUAAAGGGCAGGUCUCUAAUUCAUAUAUUGUUGAAUCGCACACUAAAGAGUCUGUGACUCUAUGAUGUACUAACUUUUAAUCAACAGUUUUAUCCUCUUUUUUUCUUUUAGCUUAGUCUAACUAUAUAUGUUUAUGCGUGCCUGUUUUUUUGGUGUAAAUAUCUAAUAAAUGAAUGUUGAAAUUAAUACAUGACAAUCUCAAUAUUUUCAUAACUGAGAUAAACAAAGCUUAGAGACCCAGUAAAAACUUGUGAGGAUGUUUUAAAUGUGAACUGGCAUGAUGAUCAAAUUCUGCUUGUAAAAAAAAAUAUGUGUAAUGUGUUUUGUGCCAAAACAUAUAUGACUCUAAAUACUUUUCUAUGGUUAUGAUAUGGUUCAUAUGCAUAUCUCUUGAUUCUACAUGGAGUAAAUCUGUUUUUGCAGUUAUUUAACCACAGUCCUGACCUUUUUCAGUUCAUAAGAUUUUUUUUUUAAUUUGUUUAACGUGAAUUUUGAGGUUGCGUAUUUGUAACUUACAAAAGCUCAAAUACAAUUAAAAAAAAAAAAGUUUUGAAUAUUAAGUGCUGACAGCAGACUGCCAGUAUCAAGAAGGACGAGAGGCUGACACAAAGCUCCUGAUUAAAUAAAUUUUAAAAAUGGAACCGAAGUGGAACCCUUAUUGCUUUGAAGAUGGAUCAGACCUUCCCAGUGUGGAGACAGGAGAUUGCUGAGGCAGAUCCUCCGUGAAAACUCAAAAUGAGUGUUGGCCUGCCCUUUUUCCAGAGAGACAAGCAAGAACUGAAACUUGUAUACUUUUUUUGUUUACAUCCAUAAUAAAUGCUAAUGCAAUUGUGAUUUUUUUUUUUUUUGCUGUAUUUUGGAAGUGUAUAAAUUUCAACAGGAUCAGCAUCUAGAAAAGGACUUUUUUUGAUGCAUUGGACAGCUUCACACCAAUAAAUCACAAAUUUUUCACUUUUCCUUUAGACAAAGUAUUGUGUCAGGCAGAGUCUUCUGUAUACAUUAGUAAGGAGCUUUUUGUGAUAUCUUGUACCAUUUUACCCCCAGAGUCCUCUGUUUGACUACAUUCUUUGAGGGAAGCUCAAAGGCUAAGCACUCACUGUUGCCAACUCCUCAGUGGAAAGUAGCUACUUUGCAUUAUUGGAAAGGAGCAUGUAAUUGUAAUGGAUGCUUUAGGAGAGACAAAAGUGGGUUAAAGACACCCUACAUAUG